AGGCAAACAACAAAGAUGGCGCUGAUGGGAUCUGUCAGUGUUACGUGUACUGUAUUAUAUUUUGUAUUAUUUUGCAUUGAUUUUUCAAUGACAUACACUGAACUGACGAUAGAAAGUGACAAGGUUUGCUCGAACCUGGUGAAGAAGCGAAAGCUGAAGUUGCACAGGAACGAGCAGUCUGGGAUCAUAGUGAAGGAGACUCGCUACUUCGACACGUGGUCGGGCCAGUACGAGUUCGAGUGCAACUUCCUGGUGAAGGGCGACCACAACGACGGAGUGAUCGCGGUCAUUCAGAAGCUGUCCCUCCGGAAGGAAGACAACGAGUCCGCGGAGAACUUUGACGAGUGCCUGGACUUUGUGCAGUUCCGACGGGAUGACGGGACCAAGAGCGUCAAGUACUGCGGCAAGAUGAGUGCGUUCUCGGAGACCUCUGGCGACCAGGACGUCACUGCAGAAGCUCGCCCGGAAGAGCCGACCACCAUGUUGGAACUCUCUCAGAACGCAUUCUACGACCCCGGAGGGCAACUGGAGGUGAAAAUAUAUAUCAAGAACAAGCACCUCUUACCAUUCCAAACUAUAGACUUGGUGAUCGCAUUCACAUCGUACACACCCUGCUACAAGCGUGUUCGUAACUACUCGUCGUGCGGCACGGACAUGUGUGUCUGGGAUGGGUUCUUCCAAGACGGCGUCGUGAACUGCCCCUUCAGCAACUGUCUGGACGAGGGCGGACUGUGCCGGUCACCUCCGGCCGUCAGCAAGCGGGGGCUGUCCUCCAAGGUGACGGUGGGGGCCAUCGCGACCAUCUUCCUGGCGUUCCUGCUGUUCUUCGUGUGCCUGUGGCUGGUGCGGCGGCACAGCCUGCUGUGCUGGUCGCGGGACUGCGCGGGCCGCCGGCGUCCCGAGCCCCGCGUCGAGAUGCGCUCGCUCGACGACCCGGGGCCGCCCUCCGCCCCCCCGGAGACCCCCGUCGAGAAGGACCCGCCUCCGCCCUACGAGUCCCUCUUCCCCGACAAGUAACCUGACUGCAAUCACGUCCUUCUCUUUUUACUCGUGAAGUCUUUUCUUAUUCUUUAUGGUUGUGCUGUUGAGGCAUCUUAUGCCGUGGAAAAUAUUUUAUUACCAUGUUAGUUUUUUUUUUUUUUUUUUUUAAUUAAGUUGCCUUGACUAGUAAAUGUGGAAUGAAUGGUCCCAGCUUACAGCAUGAUGGUGAUGGUUGAGUUAUUCCCCUGUAUGACCCCAGCCAUCACCACGGGGCGGACUAUAGCUUGCCUCAUCCUUACAGCGGUGUAUACAGUGCGAUGGGCCCUUGCUCUCUCUUCCCUUGCGCGAUAUAUGCUACCAGCACUAUACGUGUUUCAGUUUACUCUGUUGCCAGAUAAACCCAAACAGCACUAAACUUUUAGACACACUUUGUAAUGUGAUGAAAAAUUUUUUAAAAUGUAUGUACUUUCAAAGGAAAAAAUUUGGAAAUUCAUUUUUCUUUUAGUGAUUCAUUAAAAUAAUCAUCUGGUAAUAUUCAAUUCUUACUUUAAAAUAAAAUGGAAAUGCAAGAGCUUAUCUUGGUUCAACCAGUUUUGCCAUUAAAUUUUUAUAUAUGUUUUAACAUUAAAACUUUGUGCUGAGUUGACCAUAGCACAUAAAUAAUGGAAUGCCUUUUUAUUAUUAGUGCCUGACUGCUAGGAUUCCUAUUAAAAGUUCGCCUAUGAAUAUAAUAAUUACUGUUUAGAAGUAAUAUACUUUUGUUUCUUUCAGAAUGUUUACAACUGUAGUAAUACUGUUAAAAUACACUAUUAGAGAAAUCAGCAAAUAGUAAAAUUGAAAAAUAUUUAGACUUAUUGUAAUUAUUGUAGACAUACAAAAUAAGAAAUGUAAUGUUAAGAAGCAGGAUAGUAUCAGUCUGGCAACAGUGUACGCCAUUCGCUGUGCACUGCAACCUUAAGUGUGAGACAAACUAAAGGCGACAUGACCCUGCAGUAUUCGCCAUGCCUUCCACAGUAACUUACAACAUACAAGGUGUUGCAUAUUUCCUUUUCUGUUCUGGUUAUGGGGUUACAUAGUUGAUUUUCUAUUCAAUGCACAGUGGAACAUGGGUAUGAUCACCCUGACUUAUAAAAGUGUGGUAGUGAUAAGUAUUGGAUGUGGAGUUCUAUAACUUCAGUAUAAGUUCAGGUGGACUGCAACCAAAAUAUUAAUAGUAACUACUGUUUCAGUGUUAAUGAAUAGAGAAUAAUUGUUGUUAGGUGAGGAAGACUUUGAUAGCUAACCAAAAGUUACAAAAGUAAGUUGCUAACUUUCAAGCAUAUUUAGGCCUCAGAUGUUUCUUACCUUUCUUGUGGUUUUACAGAAGCUGUGAAUGUAAAUGAAUUUUGAAAUACUUUGGGAUUGCUUUUUUGUGAUAAAAUUUGACUAUUGAUUUCAGUGGGUGAUGGCUUUCUUUUUUAAUGUGUCACCUUGAAAAAUCAGGUGCAACUUGUGAAAUUGGAAAUAUGACUAAUGUCUCAUUAGAGUAAAAUUUCCUUCUCCCACAUAAUUAUAGCUUGUCUGUCAAAAGUUUUGCUCAUAUUUGCGCAAAGCAACUCCUUGCAGACAUUUAUGAAGUGGGAAUAAGAGAACACAUAGUGUUUUUAUGCAUGAAUUUGAAGGCAUUAAUUUUAGAGUUUUGAAUUAAUUGGUUGCAGAAAGUAUUGUAAUUUAAAUAAUUACUCUGGGGUCAUCAGUCUCUUACAGGCUGAUUAAUAAAGAUGUAGUAAUUGCUCAACAGGGUGAUUUCAUUACAAGUUUCUACUGUGUGUAUGGGUUUUCUUUCCCCAGUUAUGAAGCAUAUACUACUUUUACAGUAGUAAACUGUUUAAUGGGACCAAAAUUACAAAAAAAAAUCAUUGUGUAUUAACUAGCAUAAAUCUCACAAUCUCAUUUAGGGAUAUGCUAGAUGUGAUAUUAGGUUUUUUGAAUGGCUUCACAUAACACCAAUUUGUGUUGUGUACAAGAAAUCUCCUCAGGUUGUUUAUGAAAAGCAUAGGAUGUGUUAUGUCAUCAGCGAAUUACAUUUGCUGUGCCAUUCUGUCACUCUUUUGUAAAUAACGCAUAGUUUUAAGAUAAGGUGCGUUCUAGGAUGUGUACGUAACUCGAUCUGUAAACACUUUUCCGGCUGAGUCUUAGUCGGAAAAUACAGUCCAACCUCAUUAAUAGAAACCUGUAGGGACCAUGAUUUUGGCUUUUUGUAAUAUUGAGGUUUAAUAUUUAUAAACCAGACUAUUGCAAAAUGAAUUUUAUCAAAAAUUAAAAAAAAAAAAAUUAAAAUUAAGUUGUAAAUAAUUUUCUUUGUUAUUACAUGCAUAUCUUGCAUGUAUAAUUCAUACAAUACCAAAAGUGUAUUUAUAUGAUUAUUAAAUCAAUUUUAGAUAAGGUAUACCAAUGAUUCUACCACUCCUACCAAACAUUGAUGACAGCUGUGGCAUGUGGGUGGCUCUGUACAGCCGACGUGUUUCAUCUGCUCACUGUUGUAGCCAGUCCCCAGGCCUGGAUUUAGACUUUGUGUUAAAUUAACCUUUUUCGAUGGUUAUUGUAUUUUAUAUUAAGUAAUUUUUGUAGUUUACUUUUGUAUAGGCAGUUUUUAUGUUUAGUGUAUUUGUAUGUUUAAAGACACUCAGUAAUAUUUUUACUUUGCAGGAGGAACUUUGCUGGGGAACUUCAUUGGCAUUAAUAGGCAGCUGUGUUUGCGCAAUUUUUUUUUAAUUAAUCUCAAUUAACAGUUGUUGCGAUGGAGGGAGGGAGUUGGCACAUUGAGGUUAUAUUCUUAGGUUAAAAUUCAUAUUGGUAAAUUGAGUUUUAACUCAGUUGAGAAGAUAUCUUAACUUUGAUUGAUAAUUUUUUUUUGUAAAAUGGAAAUAUGUCCUUGCAGUAUUACUGGGAAUCUUUUAAUAACUGUAGGAGACUUUGUCGGCAGUAAAGCUUGUUAAUGCUUAUCCGUGUACUUGAAGAAGUUAUCAGUUUGUAAACACGAGUCUGGGCGUGAGUUGAGGUGGAGAUAUUUGCUCGCACGAGAGAGAGAAUUUGUAUGAUGCCUGUUAACCUUGUUUCAUCCACCUUUAUUAGCUUUCUUAAUUUGACACAGUAAUUGUCUUCUUCAGGGCUUGGGUAACAUGCAGAGAAACAUGUAAGACUUAACUGGCAGUGAAACCACCGAUAUUACUGUCUGGAUAUUUACAUUUUAAUUUUUCAAAAAUCAAUUUGCUUUUUUGUGUAUCACCGCUUGGUGACACCAUUCCUGUCAGGCCCAUGAUUUGUUUUUUCAUUGCACCAUUCAUUUAACAACCUUUUCCAUAUGAAUCAUGUGUUCAUUUCUGUUCUGGUAUCUGUCAAAUAGUAUAUUCCCGCUAGUACAACCAACAGCAUCAGACUUAUACAAAUGUUUGAUAAGAGUCCUUAUUUCAUACGAUUGUGCGCUUAAAACUAAAGUGUGACCAACAUAAGUGUGGCCUUCGUGACAUUCUGCAUGCCGUAAUACUUAUAGUUUUGUCUCGAAUUCUUGAAAACGAUGCAUUACGCUUUCACUUGGAAGCCACGAUUCCAAUAUGAUUCCAACUGAAGGUACUUGUGCAUGUACAAUUACUGGCAGACAAAUGGGCAGAUGCAUGUGCGUUCCCUGCCACUGACUAGACUGAAAUUCAUCACUCAAUAACCGCUACUGAACUUGCCAUAGCUGAUGUUUGUACAACAGCCGAUAGCGCAGUCAGACCUGCGCGUGCAUCUCUUCCCCCCUCAUAUAGCCAAAUGUAUGCCACGGCACAUCUGUUGUUUACCGAGUUGAAACAGACUUCGUGGUGUCAGGCCAAACUUUUUUGUUUUUGCCUGUGGCUAUUUCACGCUAAUUGAAAUUGACAGACGUGCUUUUCAAGACUGGGUCAGUAAAAUUAACAUUGUGCUAAAUGAAUUCGUGCAAUUUGAAGACAUGCUUAGUGAGGGGUUGAUGUACGUAUAUUGAAUUAAUCCCUUCUCUUGCACACAAAUGUUUGAAACAAUAUUUUCAUCGACAAAAGCAAUGAUUCUAUGUUAACAAGCACAAGAUAGAGAGGUUCUCAGGCUAAAGAAGAAAACUCUUCCGCUAAAUAGUUUAGAAUAGUUGUGGACUUCGUGUGAAAGUGUAUCGACAAUAGUUUUAUCAGGUUUCCAUUUGGUUUUGCUAAUGUGUGUUGCAGUAUUUACUUAAACUACAUAUAUGUAUUUUAUAUUACAUUUAUACACAUUAAAACAUAUGCUCAAUUAUCAUUGUGCCAUUAAUGGAUAAUAUGCCAAUCGUAACAAUAAUAAUCAUUUUUAAUAAAUAUAUAUUUAAUCUGAAGUUGCAAGGUAGGAUUAAAAAUUAGUAAUGGAUGAGUGAUAUUGAUUUAUAUUGCUUCAAGUCUAAACAAGUAAUUAAUGUAUAAAUCUUUUUUAUGUAUAUAUGUACGAAGAUUAAUGUAUAAAUGAUGUAUAUGUACCUUUGUGUAAUUUUAAUGUAUGCAUAUUGAUUUUAUUUUAAGUUGAUAGCUAAGUUGUAAUUUCAUAUUGUUAUAAUUUUGAUGGAAUCAGUACAGGUAGGUUUGUCAAUGAAAAUGUAAACAAGUACUCUAUGUUAACUUUGCUAUAAUCUAGAUUAUGUAGUGUGUGCAAAUGUAUUCGUAUUAAAUACCAAUUGUAUACGCUUCUUAUCAUACAAAUUUAUUGGUUUUAAUUUUCUUUAAAUAUUGAAUUACGGCAGAAAUAUGUUUUAAAAAAUUCAUGCUGUACUUCGUAAAAAUUUAAAAAAAAAAAUACUUUUUAACAUUUUAUGUUACUGGAUAAAUGUUGGCUUUCUGUGUAAUCAUUCGAGAACUGUUGCUUGGUUGUAAUUGCAUCACAUGAUAAUGUAGUCGCAUAUUUGGCAUUGUUAAGUUGGUAUGAGAGCGUCAGUGCUUCCGUCCAUGUUUGAGCUGACUGAUGUUUUAUUGCAAAUGUAGUGUUCUUCCUCUGGUUCAAGAUUGCCAGUGUUAUAAGUUCUGUGACUCCUGGGGCCUGUUGCUGUGCUGAAGGUUAAUAGGGGGACCAAAGAUAUGAAAUUAUUUGUUUAUUUUUGUUACCAUUUGGAACUUGUGUACGUAUUUAUUUUUUGUUGUAGAAAUGUAUGUUGAACUUUUGAACUGGCCAUGAUUUUUUAACUGCCAUGUAAAAAAAAAAAUUUUUUUGGUGACCCUUAUUCUGUUGAAUAAAUCAGUUUCACUAAAAAUGUGCUGUAAUUUAUUGGUCACAGUUUCUAAGGGCCAAAAUCACUUGGCUAGUACACUUGAUACUGAUACCUGCAAGCAGUUUCAGCACAGUUUUGUUAUGUGGUGUUUGUUCACAUUUCACGUAGACCUUAAACCCGGUAUUGGAAGUCAGUGCUGACGUGGCUCGUGUUCCGUGCCAGCCGUGCCACGGCCGCAGUGCUACCACCUUUACGCCAGUCUCUCGGCUGGGCUUCCAACUUUACCUCAAUUUCUUUUUGUUCAAGGUUUGAGUAUCAUUAAAACAAAUUUCUAGUAGAAUUGAAUGAAUUUUUAAAAAAAAAUAUUCACGUUCCUCAUCUAUAGAUAAAACUACAUAACUUUCUUCAGAGAUGUAAAACAAUUUGUAAUCAGGCAUUGCUUAUUUGCUGUGAUGGUUGGGUGGGUUUAUUUUUUAACUUCAUUUGGAGUGAGACUUUUUCAAUAGGUUAUUUUUUUUUUAAGCCUUAAAGCAUGUGAAAGUGUGAUUGAUGUGAUAUCAGUUAAUUAUUAUUGCACAUGCACUGUGCUGUGUGCGAUGUGUAUUUUUACCUGUUUUAAUGUUACUGUAGUGAUAUGAUAUGAUGUAUUUUUUUCUGGUGGAAAAUUGCUUUAGCUUGUGAGUAGAUAAUAUAGUCAUUAUCAUUGCGUAUCAAGAGUAAAAUUAGAAGCUGUGUAGAGAAACUGUCAUUUGUUGCGAUACAGUAAUUGAUUGCUCCAUAUCAUGAUUACUAGAAAUAUCUGAGCGUGUGCUUCUUCAGAUUUGUCUGUCCUGUGGCUGUGUUUCAUCUGUUGCUGGUAGGUGGCUUGCUAGUUUGGUCUUGUUCAGUGUUGCUGGCAGAAUGAUCAUGUGUACUGAUACUGUGUACAAAAAAAUUCAUGUAUUUUGUGACUAAUGAAAGUUAUAAAAAAAAAUUUAUCAG